AUGCGCCUGCCCGACAAAGAGAUCGCAGGCUGUAUCAAUGACAUCGGCAUACCAUUCACUGCCGCCGACCUAAUCAAGCCCAACCCUCAGCAGGUUCAAAUGGUGCUGGAGUGGUUUGCGGAGCUCCUCAUGAAUACCACUCGAGAAACCGUUGAGCCUGCAAUGCGCGCAGCCGCUGACGAUAUAUGCGGGGACUUUCCGGAUAUUGUCCCUACAGAUACGCGAAACCUGAUGGGAUUCUUUGUCAAUAUGAGAAGACUAAUGGCGGAGUGCGGUGUGAAUGACUUUACGUUUACCGACCUGACGAAACCUACGCACGAUCGCCUUGUAAAGAUAUUUUCUUACCUCAUUAACUUUGUUAGAUUUCGCGAGUCUCAAACAGCUGUUAUUGACGAACAUUUCAACAAAACUGAAAAGACGAAGCAACGAAUUGAAACACUGUACACCGAGAAUCAGGAGAUGGAGCAACGACUUGAGGAAAUGCGCCGGGUCCUCAAAGCAAACGAGGCUGAGGUUAAGGAAAAAGUGAGGAGGAAUGAUGAACUCAAGUCUCGCCUUCGAGAGUUAGGUCGAACUCAGGAGAAAGUGGCGGAGACUCUGGAACGAGUCAAAGCCGAAAAGGCGCGACAACAGAACCUACUGAAGGAAAAGAUGGAGAGAACAGUAAGAACUCGUCAAGAGGUUGAGAAGUUGCGGCCAUACGUGAUGGAAAGUCCGGCAAGCCUCCAGUCAAGCCUCACAGAAUUGUCGGAAAGUCUUCUACGGGAGAAGAACCAGAUCGAUGCCAUGGAAAAACGCGCCCGAGCGUUGCAAACCUCCUCGGACACGUUCACUGUUGUCAGCAACGAUGUCCAAGCAUGCAUCAAAUUGCUCGAGGAUAUCGCUGUUGAGCUGCAAAAAGAAGAGGACGAAGAGUCUCGAGCUUCGAGAAACAAGGAGGCCAUCUCUGAGAGAGGUAACAAUGUAAGGGAAGUCGAACAAACAGAGAAGUUACUGCAGCGGCAGUUAGCCCGGUGGAACGAGAGAAUCGAAGCUCUACGUAACACCGCUCAUGAGAAGGCGCAAGUGGCUCAAAAGCGGAUGGAAGAGCUUCGUGAGGUGCAGAUAAAACUCCGAGAAGAGCGAACAGAAAAGCAACGCGACAUGGAGCGAAGGAGAAUCAGGAUUGAGCAAACUGAGAAAAAGAUGGCCGACUUGAAAGAGAGCAUCGAAACCGAAAUACAGAGCGCGCACGACGAAUACCUCAAGCUAGAGUCCCAUAUCAAGUUAUACAUCACGGAGAUGGAGAAGAGUUUGUAAGAAAUGGAUUUUUUCGUUGUUCUCGUCGGAGUUCAGUGGCAGGUUGAGGAUACCCGGAUGUUCUUGUCGCGUUUCUUUCUGGCGUUUUUGAAUUUGCAACUCCCAUUUUUAACGAAGUCAUGAUA